AUGCUUAAACAUCAACAAAUCCACACUGGACAAAAAACUUAUCAAUGUCUGGAGUGUGAGAAAUCUUUUAUUCGGAAAACAAGUCUCAAAAUCCACAGUAAAAUUCACAUGGAAAUAAAACCUUAUAAAUGCUUCAAGUGUGGAAAAUGUUUCACUCGGCGUUCAUCACUUUGCAAUCAUAAUAAAACACACACAGAGGAGGAAAGCAGAACGUGCCUAGAAUGUGGGAAAUGUUUUUCCAGCAAAUCAACCCUGCGGCGACAUCAGAGAAUCCACACUGGGGAGAGACCUUAUGAAUGUCUGGAGUGUGGAAAAUGUUUUUCCAGCAAAUCAACCCUGCAGCGACACCAGAGAAUCCACACUGGGGAGAGACCUUAUCAAUGUCUGGAGUGUGGGAAAUGUUUUUCCCGCAAAUCACACCUGCAGCAACACCAGAAAAUCCACACUGGGGAAAGACCCCAUGAAUGCCCAGAAUGUGAGAAACGAUUUGGGCGUUCUUCCACACUUUGGAGUCACCAAAAGACGCACAAGGGAGAAAAACUCUAUAAAUGUAACAAUUGUGAGAAAUGUUUUUCUGUAAAGGAAAGUCUUUUUCAACAUCAGAUAAUCCACACAGGAGAGAAACCCUAUCAGUGCAUCGAGUGUGGAAAAUUUUUUGGUUUGAAAGCAACCCUCAGAAAUCAUGAGAAAAUUCACAGAGGGGAAAAAAAACUUAGAAGUCACUGGCAAGUCCAUAUAGGAGAGAAGCCCCAUAAAUGCUCGGAGUGUGAUAAAUGUUUUUCUAGGAGAUAUAGCCUUUUGAUACAUCAGAGAACCCACAGUGGAGAGAAACCAUAUAAAUGUCCGGAGUGUGGGAAGUCUUUUUCUUGCCAAAAAUAUCUUAGAACACACGAGACAAUUCACACAGGAAAGAAGCGUAUCGGGUCUAAACAGAAAAAUGAAAUGUGCUCAGAAUGUGGGAGAUGUUUCUCCAUGAGGUCACACCUAAUUCAACAUGAGAGACUUCACACCAGAGACAGGCCCUAUCAAUGCCCAGAAUGUGACAAGCGAUUUGUGGAGUCUGCUGAACUCCGGAGACACCAGAGGGGGCACACAGGAGAGAA